CAGCGGCUAUGUCGAUCGCGUCAACAAACCGAUCAUCAAAAUCGCAAUGGGCUGCGCCCGCCGGGCGUAUUUCAUUAUUUUUGUUUGUUAUCUCCGAGACACACGUAGCGCUCGAUAUCGAGGCAACAUCGAGCGCACAAGCAAGAAAAUCUACUCGCGAGCGGCGUCGCCUUCGACAUGGCGUUCGAGAGAAGGCAAUGCGCACAAUACAUUAUGCGUGUAGCAUCUUUUGCUGGCUCACGAUUCUGAUGCAGCUAGAAAAGACGACCAGGGCUCGCGACAAGGGCGACUCAACGAGAAUUAAGGAAGACGCUUUUGCGCUCGCACGAGCAUACGAUAACGUAUAUACGUACGCACAUUGCGCAGGAAGCGCGUUGCAUCCUUCAUAAUUUCUGGCUUCAAGGAUUCCCCCGCGCUCUUUCCGAGUUUUCGUAAGUACUUCACGUACGCGAAUCAAGUCGAACCGCGCGUCCGCGACGUGAUCCGCGUAC